ACGAGUUUUUUUUUUUUUACCGGAGGCUUGUUUCAAAAUGGCGGCCGGUGUUGAAGAAACCAACCGGAUGGAAACAGCAGAUGAAAAUACAGGAAAUGCUGCUGAAAACGUGCCUACACAAAGUAGUUCUUUACAUCCAGGAGGUUCUGAACAAUACAGAAAUGCCAGAGAGUAUGCACAGGCACUUCGGCCGUGGCUGCGCCAGUAUUACAACACUGUGCAGUACUGGACAGCAAUGAAUAAUAUUAUGACUUUAUGCCCACCUUGUUUACAGUCUGGUCCUCAAACAACCGCACCACGUACGUCAGCGUUUGGCGAUCCUCGACGCCAACAGAUACAAGGAGCAGGGGAUCAGAGGAUAUUUAGAAACGAGGCACAGUUUAAUGGGCAUGCGUCCCCGGUACCUAGGUUUCGAGGUCAGGAAUGUAUUGUUCCGCCGUUUUGGAAACGAGUGUCAGCAGAACUGAUUGAUUUCACAAUUCUCUUCUACAUUAAGUUGGUGGUCACAGUUAUGGUAAUGCAUGAGAUGGGUUUCAUGGACAGCAUCUUUGAUUAUGAGAUCCUUGAGAACCUUGAUGAGAUUGACUAUGAUAGAGCUUUUACCAUCACUUCAGAGGUCAUCGCCAUGGAAAUCAUCAACCGUUUGCUUAUCACAUUUUUCGAGACCCUCUGUCUGAGGCGAGGAAUUGGCAUGGUUGGUGGAGCCACACCAGGCAAGCGGCUAUUAGGGUUGCGUGUAAUAUCAUGUCGUGACAUCCAAGAAGUUGGUCACAAUCGUGUCCUGGUUGCACCAGCAUCCGACAUCGGCUGGUUCAGUGCAUUUAUUCGAUCAGCCAUCAAGAACUUUACCAUUGCAUUCUUCUUCCCUGCUUGUCUGACGGUCUUCAUCUUCAAACACAACCGAGCAGCUUACGAUGUUUUGUCCAGCACUAUUGUAGUAGAAACAGAUGAGCGCUAGGAAGGACAAUGGUGUCUGCCAGGAAUGCUUGGCUUGGGUCAGCAUUUUCAUUUAAUGUCAGCCUUUCAUAUUUAUUACUGAAAUAAUACUAAAGCUGGAGGACAGGCAAGUCAGAGAGUAUGAUUGGGAAAAUGUAUCUUUUUUUUUCUCGAAUAAAUAACAGGUUUAAAGAAUGAAAUAAUGCUGAAUCUUGGUGUUGAAUGAAUUUUCUUCAUUCCUCCACCCCGUUUGCUGUUUCUGUGAUGAAUAAGUGAACUGCACCAUAUUUCUGGUAACUUCCAUUCUGGUCCAUGGGAAAUGGGAGAGAACUGAGAUUUUUGCACAACCUUUCCUGGGAGAAUAUGGUUUCAAAUGAAUGUAAAAUGUAUGGUACUUUGUGAAAAUGACUCUAAUCUGUAAAAUCCAUUAAGUCAUGCAAAUAAAUUAAUUGCUGUAGCAAGACUUUUGUUGCAAAGCUGUUUUUAGCAGUUGGAAAAUGAUUCAUGUACUGUUCAGGAGAGAUUUGGUUUUUAUUGCAUCUUGUAUAACUGUCAAAGUAAAUGUCAUAGCUGUUGUAAUGUACUUUGCUUUAACAAGGUAAAAUAGUACAAUGGCAGUCAAUACUAAGCAGAUGCAAGUAGUGUCUAAGAAAUGAGAUAAAGACUUGUUGACGAUUAUAGGCUUUGGGGCUAGAGAGCAUCUUAGUAUGAAUGACGGUGAGGAUGAAAAAUGAUACAUAGAAAAAGAGAAUACUGUCUAUAAACUGCAUUGUUUAAUGAGAUAAAGGGCAGCAAAUUUUUUUUCAAAAUAAAACUCUUCCAUUUUCUCUUUUUUUGCUCAUUUUCUCAAGAAUUAUUGUUCAGGGAAAGAUUUCCAUACUGCAUGCUGUUAGCUGGGUCCUUGCCCCUAUAAGCUGGGUAUUGUACAGACAAAAUCCACUACCUGAUGAAUCAUCAAAGGCCUGCAGAUUUUCAGAGUUCUACAGGUUACUAAACUGUAUUUGUUGAUGCACCAUAUUCACAUGAAAAUUGUGUCCCAUACAUACCUUUAGUGCUUGGCUUUUGAGAUGCAAAGCAGAACAUAUUGACGAGGUCUACAGAAGUUUAGUCCCAAAGGAGGUAAUACAGUUAGAACCAUUCCAACAACAGGGCUGAAUUUGUGAGUUAGUGGAAGUUCUUGAAGCAACCAUCAGAUCAGUAUUUUAAAAACAACUUUCCUGGCAUAGCCAGGAAGGAAAAAUUGGGCUAAUUUCUACACACUGGGCUUGUCAUAUAGUUCAUUUUCUCUGUUGCUGUUUACUUCUAGUCAAUGCACUAGUUGUAUUUAGUUUGGGAAAUGAUAAAACCUCGAUAACUUGAUUCAGGCUAGAUCCCUCUGGAUUUUAAUUUUAUUUUUAGAGAUUGUUAUACAUGUAAACCUUUUCUUGAAAUUAAAUACAAAAUACCAGUUUAUACAUACAUCUGUGUGUAUGAUAGAGAGUGUAUGGAUGUAUCAAUACUUUUGUAAAAGGAUACGCUCACAUGCUUAUGCAUGUUUAUGUGUUCAUGGGUAUAUGAAAAAUUUGGGUGAAAAAACAUUGUGCAGUAGUGAAUAUGGCACAUUCAUUGAUCUUUUGGUGGCAUUUUAGUUUUCAUAUUUCUUACAGUACACAUCUUACAAAUCUUCUUUGAUUUUUUUUUAUGUACAUGUGUUUUUUAGUGGAGAGGUGAAACAACACCUUUUUUAAUCAACUUGUCAAAGUGUAUUAACACACAAUCUGUAAUGAGGAAGACAUGAGUAAGCUAUGUAAAAUCAUUUGAAAAUGAUGGCUGAAACUUUCUGCAAAAAUUACAAAAUUCUUAUUAUAUUUACUGUUAUCAUUUUGUUCUUCAUUCUUGCCACAAUAUUCAAGAGUAUACCUACAAAGCUUUUUGCAUAAAAUUUAAAUGAUCUCUCAUCUCACCACAAUAGAUUGUUGGGAUGGGGAAGCAUGGUAUUUUCCAUAAAAUCCUGAAAUUUUCUUAUCUGCCUUUAAUUGAUCUUGUGUAAUUUAAACUCAACACAAGUUCCAAAAUAUUAAAAUGAAAUUACUGUGGCUGCUAUCUGAUUGUGCAACUACUAAAACAGUUCUAAUGAGAGGAGCUAUUCUUAUAAUCAGUUGUGUUCUGGUCAUGCAUGUUGUCUACUCCUUGGUUUUUCUGCAUUUUGAUGUUGGACAAUUUGUGCAGUAACAAUUCCUAUAUGAUGUUAUGUAUGGAGGUGUAAUUAUAUGUCAUUUGCAGGUUGCACUUGUGUCUUUGUUGCAAGGUUUGCAAAAUUAUGAAAAUUACAGAUUCUGUAAACAGGUCCUAAACCACUGCCUAAACCAAAGUUUACUAGAUAAGUAAGUCUUUUUUGUAAAAAUGAUUUUAGCUUUAAAUGGAUCUUGAUUUGUUUCAUCUAUAAUUUUGAUUGUACUUGUGUGUUCUGAAUCUGAAAUCUGUUGUUCUGGUAUUUUAAUGGAUAAAAAGGCAUUUGUUUUCUGACCCAUCAACGUACAUGGCCUGUGUCUGGGGAAGUAGAUAGCUAAUUGUUAGAGCACUGAUGUUCUAACCAAGAGGCACACCAGUUCUAUCUGUAUGGCACAGCAAAUUUUCUGUAGUUGACCCAGCUGUCAUUGAUGAAGGAUGGGUACCUAUCUCCAUAUGGCGUUGGGGAAGGUAAGGUGGCAAGGGAGAGGAGCUUGGUACCACCCUCACAUGAGACUGGGUAAAGCGAGGUCUCUUCUCAAUGACCUAAAAGGGCAUUGAGCACUAUCAUGGACACAGGGUUUUACAUGAUUUGCAUGAAGCAGAUAUCUUUAAGUCCCUGAAACACAAUAUGUUUGAAAAAAUAUGUGACUGUGAUACAAAAUGUAUAAUCUUUGAAAUAAACUGCAUAUUUAUAUCAUAAACAUUUUUCAUAACUGGAAA